CUCGUCUCUUGUAAUAGGAGAGAGAAAGAAAGGCUGGUAGAUUUUGUGGUAGAAAUUUGUGUGAUGAUAUCAGGUAGGAUUCAGUAUCAGAAAAACUAAAUUAAUAGUGAUUUUGUGAAAGAUAAGACUAUUUUCCCUUGAUGUAAAUGUUCAGGUAGGCAGUCUAGGACUAAUACAGUGGCCCCCAAAAUAAAUUAUCUUGUUGCUGUGCCAAGCCCAAUAUGCAGCUUAUAUUUUUUCAUCUUAAGGUGACUGACUGAUCCAUCUCCUGCUCUCAUGUCUGAAUCCUCACCAAAGGGAAAGGGGGAAGUGAAAGGGAACACACAUAUCUUCUCCUUAAGGGCCCAACCUAGAUAUGGUUCCUAUUCUGCUCCCAGCUCAUACACUGGCACUUAAAGACUUAAUUACUCCUAGAUGUGAAGGAGGUUGGGACAUUUAGCGCUUAUCUGGGUGACCGUGUGCCCAACUAUUUAUUUAUUUAUUUUUAUGUGGUGCUGAGGAUCGAACCCAGGACCUUGCAUGUGCCAGGUGAGUGCUCUACCGCUGAGCCAUAACCCCAGCCCCACAAAUGCUAUUCUUAAAAAGAAGUGGAGAAUGGAUCCUGGGGAAUGGCCCGGAGCCUCUGCUACAAAGGAUAUAGUGUUCUUUUUCUGAUUGCUUUUGAUUUUUCAAUGAAGGGGUGAGCUCAUGAGUGGAGUGAAAAAAAAUGAAUGAAAUUUGGGGGAUUGCAGGAACAAGGGGAAGGAGAAAAAUAGUCAUUUGGAAGUGUGAGUUAAGUAAGGAACUGUAGCAAGACUGCCAGGCAGUGUGGAAGGCCAACUUGAAUUACUUCAGCCAUGGAGACCACUGUGGAUCAUCCUGACUUCUCCCUGAAGGUUUAUAUAUGCAGAGAAUAAUCUGGUAAAGAAGCUCUGACACUGUGGUACAUUUGGGAUCAGACACAUGUCUCACCUGACCAGAGAUCUCUUAAUAAGUACAGUCAGUUGACCAAGAAAUGUUUGCUCUUGGCUCCAGGAAUGGCAUGUUUGCUUUCCUCUUCCCCAGUCUGUAAGUGGGCAGAUUUUGAAAAGGGUUGGUGAUGUCAUCCAUCUCCACUGGCUGUCAGUUUCCCCUCCAUCGGACGCCAUGACUUGGGCUGAAGUAGGCGUUGGAGAAGCAACGAUCGUGUGCACACAGAUGGCCACCUGUCUCUUAAGUUAAAAGUUUCCAUUAUUUUCUCAGGAUCGCCACAGUGGAACCUUGAGAAGCUUCUUCGUUUUUUUUCCCUGUCACCAAGAAUUGGCGAUUCACGAGUCACAGGAGUUUGUAAUAAAUAACCCACAUUGAUUUCUCUGUUCCGGAAUGAUCUGGCUUCCCUUCCUCCCACAGCCCUGACACUUGUCCCAGAGGCAGUGUUAGAAAAUCAUUUACAAAAGUGGCACAGAAUCCUGUUCUGCUAAGGAUAUAAAUCCAGGUGGGAUAGAGCAGGCCUGAGGCGAGGAACCUAGGACUUCUAGUUCCUGAGCUUUCAGACAAACACUUUUUCCAGGGGGAUGAAUCCAGAUCCUAGAAGCAUCGGCAGCAGGGAAUGACCGUGGAGAAGCUGUUAUGGUGUGUCCUGGUGUUGAUCGGCUCCUCUAAGGCUUUUGGCCAGAAAGACAUGUCUAGGAAGGCCUUUGUGUUUCCCAAAGUGUCGGAUGAUUCCUAUGUAUCCCUGAAAGCCCAGUUAAAGGAGCCACUGAAAGCCUUCACCGUGUGCUUCCACAUCUACACCGAACUGGCCCUGACCCGGGAUUACAGUAUUUUCUCUUACGCUACCAAGAAACAAUUUAAUGAUAUCCUCAUAUUUUGGUCGUUCAGUAGAGGAUAUCUUCUUUCCGUGGGUGGGUCUGAAAUAUUUUUCAAGGCUCCCAAAGUUACUAUGGCUCCCGUACACAUCUGUACCAGCUGGGAGUCCAUCACAGGGAUCGCAGAGCUCUGGGUAGACGGGAAGCCCAUGGUGAGGAAGAGUCUGAAUAAGGGCUACUCUGUGGGGACAGAGGCAAGCAUCGUCCUGGGACAGGAUCAAGAUUCAUUUGGCGGAGGCUUUGAGGCAAACCAGGCUUUGGUGGGAGACCUUGGAGAUGUGAACAUGUGGGAUUUCGUGUUGACUCCAGAUGAGAUCAACAUGGUGUACAUUGGUGGGACCUUCAGUCCUAAUGUCCUGGACUGGAAAGCACUGACAUAUGAAGCUCACGGGGAGGUGUUUGUCAAGCCCCAGCUGUGGCCGUGAGUCCCGAAUGUAGUCCUGGUGAUCACACCUCAUGGUCCCCCCGUCUGUCGCUAGGGACCUUUGCCCCCCAUGCGUGCCGAAGGUCUGCUCUGUGAACAUCAACCUUUGCUUUUCUGCUCUAUCUUCCUCAGCACCAGAGGACAGAAUUGAAUUUUCUGGCCUGGGGGCUCGUGAACCACGCUGGGGAGCUUUGUCCAGAUGAAUCACGAUUGUAGAUGUUUUUUUUUUGUUUGCAUAUUUACUUUUUAAGUGAACGGAUUUCAGAAAUCAUCUCUUACCCUCAAAUGGAUGAGAAGAUUGAUACCCACAGAAAGGAGAAGGGAAUUUUUAAAAAGUCGCAGGGCAGGUACAUCUCUGAGACGGGAAUUCCCACCCAGGGUCCCCCAGAAAGUAGGAGGUACUUGCCCGCGUUCACAGGGCUCUUCCAUCUCGGAGCUAGGACUUUAGCGGAGGUUUGCAGAAUGCUCAUCACUAUAUCAUGGAUCUAGGUCUCCUGAUGUGGAAAACCCAUCAAUACUGUGCAUUGCCUCCACUUUCUCAAAGUACCCGGGAAAGGCAGCUGAAAUUGCCGUGGCAGAGAAAGCCUGGCUUCUCCCCUGGGACAAAUGGGAUACACGGGUAUAGUUAUUUCAGUUAUUAUUGCCUAGGACUUAGGUAACAAUAGUUUUAUCUGCUUACAAUGUUUUCUUGAUUUUAUGAUUUUUCUGGGAAAUUCUUUUCCCACUCCAUGUGUGGAGCUGUGAGUGCCUCCACCAACGUAUCCAGAGUGGGCUUGUGACCCAAGCUGUCCUAUCAGGGUAUCCAUGACUCACCUCCCUAGGGAGGGGUUGUUUUUGGUUGUUUCUGUGUUCCAAACAGGACAAAUUAGUCCUUCCAAGGAAUGCGUUAUGGACUUCAGGAGGCAACAUCUUUCUGGAAUUCCAAGCUAAAGAGGGUGUGAGCCUGGACCUCUAGCAGUCCUCUUGGUUACCACGUGGAGACAAUGAAGAAAGAAGCCAUGUUGGGACUUUAAGAGUGGAGAGGCUGACAGAAUGAUGCAGAAUUGACUAUAUCGAGUCUCUAAAUCAGUUUUUUUUUCUGGAAAAGAACCUGCAGCUGGACUUCCCAGGUUCAUUAGCCAAUAAAGCCCCUGUUUACAACAAUAAA